AUGACUGAGGCAUUGCAACAAAUUCUUGAAUAUGCAAAGUUUUUGAAGAAACUCCUCAAAAGAAAGAAAUAUCUAGAGGACGAAACAAUUGAGGUACAAGGAAAGUACAAUGUAAUCUUACAGAAGGCGCCUCCUCCUAAGAUUAAAGACCCAGGAAGUUUCACCAUUCCUUGCACUAUCAAGAGCCAUAAAAUAGGGAAAGCCCUAAUUGAUUUAGGAUCCAGUAUCAAUUUGAUGCUCUUAUCUGUUCUUGAAAAGAUUGGUGGUCUUGAAGUCCAGCCUGCAAAGAUGACUCUGUUUAUGACGAAUGGAUCCACCGAAAAGCCCUCUGGUGUGGUGGAGGAUGUGAUGGUACAAACUGACAAUCUCAUAUUCUUGGUGGACUUUGUUGUAAUGGAGAUGGAGGAAGAUUUAGAAAUCCAUAUUAUUCAUGGAAGGCUAUUCAUGAAAACGGCCAAGGUGAUCAUUAAUGUUGAUGAUAGAACUAUAACACUCAAAGAUCGAGAAGAUGAGGUGAUUUUCAAUGUCUUCAAUAAUGAGCAACAAAUCCAAGUGAAGAAGACUAGUCUUAAAGCUGCAUGUGGAGAUGCACUAAAGAUCAGUACUAAAGCCACCAAGCUAGACAAGAAAGGUAAAAAGUGUUUUUUGACACAAGUAAAGGAGAAAGAAAAAGACAGCAAAGGAAAAAGUGUUCAUCAAGACUCCUUGGAGAAACAUGAAGAAUUCAGACCAGGCAUUCCAGUGAGAUUCAACAAAAAGCUGUGGGUUGUGAAAGAACUCAGAAUGGAUAGAUUGAUAGAGAUUGAAUCUCCAAUUUCUAGGAGAAUAAAAAAGGUGAACAGGAAGUUACUAAAGAACUAUUGGUGUAGAGAAGAAAAAGAUAACACCAAGAUCAAAGAUGUGACGUAA